AUGCCGGCACGUCGAUCUAUCGGCGCUAUGGCAGGCCCAUCGGCCCCGGCAGCGCCACCGGUCAUCGAACUCCACCCUAUCACAAAGCGUCUUCGCAAGAUGUGGAAGUUUGCAGCUGUCUGUCAAUUCCUUUUCGUGUUCGACGAGGCGUUCGGAAUGAGCGGCUUCGAGACCGAGACGCUCGAGGCCGACUUUGAGAACAGCGAGACCAACGUCGUCCCCGACCUCAUCAAGCGCCUUCUCUACACCUUGACGCUCGAUCGCAACAUUAGUUUUGACAACUGGCAGCAUCACCUUCGAGUGCAGUUCAACCUACGUGAUGACGAAGGUGUCAGCCGCUUCGGAACGGCAGAGCAGCCCGUCGAGUGGGCGCAGCUCUCGCUCGAAGACAAGAUCGCCACCCUUCACGACCUGUGCGAGUGGCAGCUCAUGGACCCAGAGAGGUUCCGCAAGCUCGUCAAGUCGGAAGAGGACAUCACAACCUGGAGAGUCUCGCCCAUCGGCUGGGAUGCCAACGACAACGCCUACUGGCUCUUUGACGAUAACCGAAUCUGGAUUCAGCGUCCCGAGCCGUUGCCCAAGCCAAAAGCCAAAGCUCGCGCACCACCCAAGAAGGGUUCAAAGCGGGCACGAAUGGAAGCGGCGGCCGCGAGGCGCGCGGCGACUUCGUCCACAAGAUCGUCGUCGGACAACAAGCGAAGUCGUCCAUCAGACGCAGCGCAGAGCUCGACGCCGUCUAAGCGCACACGGUCUUCGCUCGGCGGAUCGGCUGCCUCUACGCCAUCUCGACCUCCACCCAGACGCGGUACGCGAACCUCCUCUCGCUUCGCUCCUCAGGACGACGAGACCGCUGACACGCCUUCGAACGGCCGCACUUCGCGCGCAGCAGCUUCGACCUAUUCGUCCGACUCGGAGCUCAGCGAGCCGCCCGACACGCUCGAGGAUGACAAUGAUGAGAAGGCCGAAGCCAACGCCGGUGACAACGAUGAUGUCAAGAUGGAGGACGCUGACGCAGAGGCUGAGGCUGACAAGGAAGACGUGGCAGACGACAGCGUGGUUCAACAAGACGAGAAGGAUGAUGCGGCAAACGAAGAGGAAGAAUGGAUCGAGUUCGAAACCAUCGUCGUCACUCGGCAAGAGUGGCUCGACUUCUCCAAACGCUUCGCCAAAUCGAAAGACGCCAAUGAGAAGAACCUGCACCAAUUCAUCAACAAGGAGAUUCUCGAGCAGGUGCUCGCCGCCAUGGACGAGAUCGAGCGUCAGCGUGCCAUGGAACAGGCCCUGGCCAAUCGAAAGCGUUCCAGCCGUAUCGCCCUGAAAGAGUCCGAGCGAGAGGAGCGUGAACGUGAUCGCGAGGCUCGCGCUAGGAUGGAGGAGAAGAUGGCGCUCAUUCGACAGGAAGAGGAGAAGAAGAAGCAGAAAGAGGAAGAGGAACACGAAGCUCAGCGGUCCAGGGAAGAUCGGUUGCGCGAGAGGGAAGAGCGUAUCCGCGCUCGAGAGCUCGAGCUCGAGACCAAGGCCAUUCGCGAGGAAGAAGAGCGCGAGAGAAAGGAGAAGGAACGCGAAGACCGCAUCCGCAAGCGAGAAGAGAUCAUCGCCAACGGCGGCGUGCCUCCGCCCUCGAAAGAGACGACGCCAGAGCCGGCAGCCAACGGCGCAGCGGCAGAAGACGAGGAGGAGUGGGAGCUCAACUGCGAAGUCUGCGGCAAGAACGCCAUCAGCCCGCCCGACGAGGACGACGAGAUUGUCUGCUGCGAGCAGUGCAGCGUCUGGCAGCACAUCAAGUGCUGGGACAGCUUCGACAAGCAGAUUGUCGGCCUCAAGAAGAGGCGAGACUGGGAGUCGGUCGACUUUUUCUGCUCAAAGUGUCGUCCGCCUGCGGCAGGAACGCCCAUCCCGCACCCAGGCAUCCUUGCGCAGCGCGCCAAUUCGAGUCCUCGCAGCAAGAAGCGAUCGAGUCUGGGACCAGAUUCGCCCUCUGGAAAGACAGACGGUGCUGCAGCGACGAACGGAAACGCAGAGUCGCCGCGUCAGAGGAUCAAGCUGGUGUCGGGGUCCAAGAAUGCCGACGCAGGCAAGGCAGCGGCAGCGGCAGCGGCGUCGCCACAGCCUUCAGCGCCCACGAAUGAUACGAGCAACGCGCUUCCUCAGCCACCCGUGAUCCCCUCCCAAACGCUUCGACCGCCGACUGCAGGCGCACAGCCUGCCGAGACAGGAUCGCUGACCUCGUCCGGCCCGGCGUCCAGGCCUGUUCCUGCCAUCAACGGGAUCGGCGGGCUCCCUCCUCCUUCAAGUCACGCUGUGCCUUCCGCAACAGGCGGUGCUCUGCCCACGACCACGGGUCGUCCUCUUCUGUCUUCACCCAGCGUCAGCAGCAAUACGGUGGGAGAGCCAAGCAAGGCGACGAAUGCAGGUGCGAUGGGUGCUCCCUCCCAGAGCGGUCUCGGGCUUGGCAUGGGUCGACCUACACCGAAGGCACAGGACUCGACGGUCGCUUCGCCCCGAUCUCCUUCGACUGGUGCAGGCUCUGCGACGCAAGGAAACGGCACCCCUGCUUUGUCGCCCCGAUCGCCGUCAUACGGUGCCAACUUGGGUAGCCCAACGUUCCGUCGACCUUCGCAAGCGUCCGGCUCGUUCCCGAUGCGUCACACGCCAGCCAAAUCGCCCCUUUCCAGACCGUACGAGUCGAACGGUGAACCUCCCGCCAACGGCUUCAGCCUGCCGCCGCCCAGAGCUUCGAGCCCGUCGGCGAUUCGCGGUGGUGGCGGUCAGUACGCCAGCCUUGGCGCAACGGCCAAAUCGUUGCAUCCUUCCUCUGCUGCUGUUGCCACAGUCGGUAGUCCGAACCCAGCUGGUAUUGGUGCAGUUCCCACUUCAAGUGCUGCUCCUCCAGGUGCUGCGAGAGCGAGCGAGAUGGGCAACAUGUUUGGGCACCUGUUCCAACCAGCUUCGCAAGGGGCUUCCGAUGCCGAUGCGGCUGCAGACCCGUCAACGACGAACUUGCCCGCAGGCGCCCAGAAUGCGUCGGGUGCGAUUCGCCGAGGCAGCGUCGAUGCGCAGAAGGCAGCGCACGUUGGAGCUGGAACUGGUCAUGCCAGCGAGGAUCACGCCAGGAAACAAAGCGGUGCGGCUGGCAAUGCGCUGCGCACGCUCGAGCUCGGCGUUUCCACUUCGCCUGUAGGAUCCGACAAGGCCGAGCUGGUGCCCGAUCGAAGGGGCUCCGUCACUGAGCUCAAGGUUGUCGAGCUUCCGCCUACGCAUGUCCACAGUCCCUAA